ACCCCUCCCACUUCAGCACUUCACAUGUUUCACGUUUGUCAAAACAAAAGUCGAAAUCAAUUUUUAUUUUUGUUAAACAUUUCAGAGGAAAUAAUAACUCAAUAUAUUUAAAAACAGUUAUUUGAUACUAAAAAAUAUGAACUUUUUCUAAAGCAGGGAAAUUUUUGUGCCAUUUUCUGUCUCUGCUGCAUUCAUCAUGCUUGUCUCCAACUUGCUGAAACAAUGUUUAAAAACCAACCACAGAAAUAAUUUGCGACUCACACGGCAUUUUGCAAAUAAUAAUGUUGCUGAUGGGAAGCAAGAUGAAGAGAGCGAUGGAAGACGGAGCACGUUGUUUUUCAACCCUCGAGUGCAACAACUUCUCAAAGAUCUGACGACUGUGGAUCUUGAAAAGGUUUUCCAAGCCAAGAAAUAUCAGGAAAAGCUGAGGACUCCAAAAUACAAGUUCAUGACGACGGAAGAGUUGGAAGAGGCUCUGCAAGAAACAGCUCAAAAAGCAGAAGAACAGCUCCAGAUGCCGCCUGUCCUUCCCAGACGUGAAGAAAAGACAGAAAUUCUGGCCCGAGACUCUUUGCUGAAAGACUGGGAUCCUGAAAAAUCCACUUAUAUUUUCACAGACAUCACGUUUGGGCUAUCAGACCAAGAACGAUUGAUUGUGAAAAGGGAUCCUGAAGGAACACUCAGCAAAGCAACAUGGGAAGAAAGGGACAGAAUAAAUCAACUGUAUUUCCCCUUCCCAGGAAGAAAGUGGAUAAUGCCAAAAAUGUUUGAACCCGAAUACCUAGAAGAUUUGCUGAAGAGGGAGGAGUACAUGUUCAUUUUGGACAGAGCAUGUGUCCAGUUUGAACCCAAUCACCCUGAUUAUAUUGAUUGCACUCAGAAAACCUAUGAAUAUAUUAACGAGAAAAAAGCUUUUGAUAAACUGAGAUCAACCAGGCAUUUUGGCCCCAUGGCUUUCCAUUUAGCCUCGACAAAGCAAAUUGAUAACUUGGUCCUGGAAUGCUUGCAAAAGGAGAGAAUUGAUGAUGCAGCCCGAGCGGUUCAGCUGUUACAUUUGAUACACCCUGACUGUGCGUCAGUUGACGUUCCGUUGAGUGAACAAAAUAAACUGGAAUUUUUGAAGAAUUACGCUAAGAAAGACAGCAAAAAACACGGGGCCAUUGAAUUGGCCAUCCAGGCUUAUGAAGAGUUAAAUCGUCAAAAGGAAGAGGUAAAGAGAAAUGUCGAAGAAGCUCACGGAAGCUAAGUAGGUGGAUUGAUUAAUGUUAUAUAAUAAUUCAUUAAAACUGAUAGUCACAUUGACCUUUUAAGAAGCUACAACUUUUAUUGAUUUGUAAAAGAACAUUAUUUAUUUUAUAUAAGAAAAUUUGAUCUUUAAAACGUCAUCACAUUCAAUUAUUGUUUUGAACUUGAAAAAAAAGAUAUUCGAUCAGAUCUUUGAUUUUCUCUAUUCUCUAUUAAGUUGGCACAGCAAAAACUACAAAAAAUAAACUUGUUCUUGAAACC